CGCUUGGCUUGCUUUCGUCGGCAUCAGGAAUAUUUGUUUGAAUUUUCAGGGAUUUGCGGUGAAAAAAUGGGAUCGAAAAAGCACAAGAAACACAAAUCAGAACGCCGAGAACGCGAAGGUGACAGAGAGAAAUCGUUCAGCCUCGACCGGCCACCAAGUUUGAAGUUGAUACUGAAAGUGAGCGGCAACAGCUCGACGCCGGAGCACGGGAACGACUCGCCGGCCUACGGUAUUCAGUCGGAUGGCGGCAGCACGCUGUUUACCAGCAGCGGCGACUACCCGGAGCGCCACAAGAAGUCGAAGAAGAAAAAGAAGAAGAAGGACCGUGAAAAGAAGCACAAGCAUCACCACAAGGAAAAGCGCCACCGGCACCGCGCUGACGACACGAGCCACGGUGAGGACGAGGAGGAUGAGGAAGACUUCAACAGUGUGUGCGAUGAGAGCUCGCAGGCCGUGCCGGAUCCGAUCGGUGCCGUACACUAUCCGAUGGCCAGUUCCGCAGCGGUGGCAGCGGUGGCGGCCGUCGCAAGCGGUUCACUGGCGGCACAACCCGUGACGAGGCCACUGCUGCCGGAUGUACUGCUGUCACCGAAACACGAACCCGACACGGGACCAGAAUCGGUGUCCGAUCCGACACCGUACACGGACCGGUCAGCGUUGGUCGGUGGAUUUGUGCUGAAGGAAGAAAUGACGACGGCACCAAGCUCCGUAACGACGGACGAACCUCUGCAGAGCCCCGGAUCGAUGCUGUCCAGCUCGCGGCCAGGCAGUAAGAUCGACUUUCAUGACACCAGCUCAAGCCAGGCGCCGAAAACGCCCAACUCGGACUGCAGUGGCCGAGAGCCGCGCAGCUGUGUGCUGAAGCUGAAGCAGAGCCGGUCGCCGCUGGCCAAGCUGUUGGACCAUCUGCUGAAGGCGCUCGAGAAGCGUGAUCCGCACCAGUUCUUUGCGUGGCCCGUGACCGACGACAUUGCACCCGGCUACUCGUCGAUCAUCCAGAAGCCGAUGGACUUUUCCACCAUCCGGCAGAAGAUCGACGACAACGAGUACGGCUCGGUGGCCGAGUUCAGUGACGACUUCAGGCUGAUGUGUGAGAACGCGAUCAAGUACAAUCACGCCGAGACGGUGUACCACAAGGCGGCCAAGAAGCUGCUGCACGUCGGGGCCCGCCUGCUGCAGCCGGACAAUCUGAUGCGCUCGUUGCGGCCACUCAUGACGUACAUGCGCGAGCUGACGGCGAAAGAGCUGGGCUUCGAGCCGCCGGCCAGCGGGGCCAGCGAUGGGGGUGAGCACGAGUUCCACCAUCAGCACCAUACGGCCGAUUCGGCCGACGAAGCGAUGGCGGCCGCCGUCGACGAGGGCAUCAAUGCGCAGAUCGAGGAGGACGAGAAACGCAAACAGAUCCGGCUGGAGAACAAUCCGCAGACCAAGUUCGAGGCGUUCGUGGAUGACCUGACGGCGGACGAGGUGCUGGCCCAGGUGCAGAGUGCGGCACUGAAUGCGAGGACGAAGCUCUUGAAGCGCAAAUCGGCCCACCGGAUGGGCUUCCUGAGGCAACACAAGGACGGUACGACAUCGAUGAAGAUACUGCUCGACCGGGGCGCAUCGGAGGGCACCGAAGGAGGCCCGGAGCGAACGGUGACCCUGGGGGGUCACAUGGGCAAGCUACAGUACGGCACCGGGCAGCUGCAGGGCUUCCGGGAGGAUCGUCGGAACAGCGCCAAAACCGUGAAACCCCUCAGCUACGGUGCGUUCAGUUCGUUUGCGCCCGUCUUUGACUCCCGGUUUGCCAACCUGAACAAGGAGGAAACGGACAUGGUGCUCAACACGUACGGCUGCGAAACGGGGGGUGACUACGCCGAGAGCAUACUGCGCUUCGCCAUGGACAGUCCGUUCGCCGCCGGCAUGGCACACAAUCUGCUAGACGUGCUGACCAACGGGGAACACCGGCAGACGUACGGUAAGCUGUACGAAUCGCACGUGCAGCGCGAAGAACGGGAAGCCGUCCGACAAACGCUGCCCGAUCCCGAUCCGGUUGCGAUAGCGGAAGAGGUGAAGCGGUACGCCAACGUGAAGAUCGAUUUCGAUAGCCUCCGGUCGUUGUCGGCGCUCGGGGUCGAAACACAGUUUCUCGAUCAGCUCGAGCAGGAACUGACCGGCGUCGAGACGGUUGGCCCGAUGUUGCACCAAUCGUUGCACGAAAAUUCCGAACUCCUGCAGAAACUGCACCAGAUGCAGACGGAUCGCCUGUCGGCACCGCUGCCGGCGCACCUCUCCCACGUCCAGCACCCUUCGGACAGUGAGAUCGACCUGGCCGGACAAAUUUCCAGCAAUCUGACGCAGAUUGCCAAACAGCUACCUCCUUCGGCGAUCGCACCACCGCACAGCUUGCGGAAAGCGAUGGGCAUCAGUUCUGUUGGUUUGGAAGGUUUCCAACCGCCUCCAGCGGCUGCAGUCUUGUCGGACGUCCAACAGCCUUCAGUACCUGGACAGCUGCAACCGCAACCGUUACGGCCACCACCGUCGCAGCCAGCGAACUGUAACGGAACGACGGUAGCAGCUACGAGCGGCGGUGUUCCCGUUUCCGCGCCGAUCGUAACACCCAGUCCAGCAGCGGGUAAGAUGCGCAUAAGCACCUUCAGGCCUUCUUAUUGAAAAAGUACCUCUUUGCUUGCAGAUAUCGACACGACGCCGAUGGACAUGGAUCUCGAACCGGAACCGAUUUCACACCACCACCAUCAGCACCAUCCCCAUCCGCACCAUUUGCCUCCAGCCCAGCAGCAAUCCAUAAUUCAACCCAGUGCCGGCGUGGCCUCCGUCGACUUGGACAGUGAGCUGCGCGAGUUUCUUGGCAGUUCGGGCCUCAGCUCGAACGGUGCUACCUCGGCCGACGGAACAGAAUCUUCCGAAGCGACCUGCAUCGAGCAGAUGCUGAUGGACUGAUGGGCAGUCAUCGGUGCACGUAGUCAGUUCCGAGAGGCACGCAGAAAGCAUUUAAUUUUUUUUAUAUGGUAACAAAGAAGCGUAGAUAUAUGGAAACAAAAAAAGCGGACAAUGGCGUAGAGGGAGCAAGAGAGAGAGAGAGAGCGAGAGCGAGAGUGGGAGAGAUGGAGAGAACGUAUAUUAAGCAAAAGCAAAUGAAACGAAAAAGGAAUAUUUUUGACAAAAACCAAACAUCCAAAUCAUUAUCCAAAUACAAAUCGAUCGAGAACAAAAGCACGGAUGGCAACCUCCGCGCCGGAUCGUCGUCCUUAUUGGAUGCGAAGGAUGCGCACAAGAGACCGGGGCCGUUGGCGCGACGCCCCACAAUUCCCUCACGUUGACAAAUGUAAUUGAAAGUUUUUAUCAAGUUUUGUUCAAAUCUAUUUGCAAGAAAGAAAAUAA